CUCCAUUCCCCUGGCUUUUCCCUCUCUCUCAGAAGGCCGGCGAAGUAGUUCAGAAUCACCCCGCAAUAUAUUCCAACGUGAGGAUUGACUCGGUACGUCGGAGAAUAUUACCCGACCCUGUCAAUAUGCUCUCCAAUAGCUUGGUGCGGUCAGCAUUCGGUGCUUCCCGCGGCCGCGUCGGAGGACUGAAUUCCAGAGUCAGAGUCUCUGCGCCGCUCACUGCGCCGACGCAGCAUCAAUGGCAAGAUUUCAAAUGCCGCCAUUCAGUGGAGGGCAAAAGGUGGAUCUCAGUCUAUGGGUACACCCAGGCCAAGGCCCUUGUUUAUUCGCGUUACGGGGAACCUAAGGAUGUUCUGCAGCUUCACAAGCAUUCGAUAUCGGCGCCCCAUGGAACCCAAGUCAACCUUCGUCUACUUGCUGCCCCGCUAAAUCCAGCUGAUGUGAACCAGAUUCAAGGCGUCUAUCCGAGUAAGCCACCCUUCCAGACAUCGCUUGGUACACAAGCACCUUGCGCUGUAGCCGGUAAUGAAGGCGCGUUUGAGGUCAUCGCUACAGGCUCAAAUGUCACCGACCUCAGCAAGGGAGAUUGGGUGGUUAUGAAGCAGACUGGACAGGGGACUUGGCGCACUCACGCUCAGAUGGACGAGUCUCAAUUGAUUAAGAUCGAAAACAAGGAAGGCCUGACUCCGCUUCAGAUUAGUACCGUCAGUGUGAAUCCCGUGACCGCGUACCGGAUGAUCAAGGAUUUCUGUGACUGGGACUGGAUGCGCGCUGGGGAAGAAUGGCUGAUUCAGAAUGGAGCAAAUAGCGGCGUUGGACGAGCUGCCAUCCAACUGGCGCGGGAAUGGGGCAUCAAAACACUCAAUGUUGUGCGGGAACGGAAGACGCCCGAGGAGACCGAAAAAUUGAAGCAGGAACUGCGCGACCUGGGCGCGACGGCCGUCGUGACAGAAGCCGAGCUGCUCUCCGGCGAAUUCAAGAAUCUUGUGCAUGAUCUUACACGCAAGGGGAGGGAGCCAAUCCGGUUGGCCCUGAACUGCGUUGGCGGGAAAAGCGCGACUGCGCUAGCCAAAACGCUUGCACCGGGCUCGCAUCUAGUCACAUAUGGAGCGAUGUCGAAGCAGCCGGUUGCCCUACCAUCCGGUCUGCUCAUAUUCAAGGACCUUGCUUUUCAUGGAUUCUGGGUCAGCAAAUGGGGUGACAAGAACCCACAGCUCAAGGAAAAUACUAUCAAUGAUGUGUUGCAGUUGACCCGGACAGGAAAGUUCAAGGAUAUUCCCGUGGAGGAGCUUAAAUGGCGCUGGGACACAGAGUGUGCGGAGCUUGUAGGGGGCGUGCAGGAAACACUCAGCGGCUUCCGAAGUGGAAAGGGCUUGCUCCGGUAUGAGGCAGAGGAAUGAAUCCCGCAUAGAACUGUGAAUUCAAUCGUGACAGCGCAGGCUUGAAAUUCUACCGUGUCGAUCGUGCAAAGCCAGUCAAUCUUGCUUACAUGUAUGUAUAUUAAAACUAUCAAUCCAUUUCCCUGAAAGACAUAACUCGCAAUCUCCAUCAUCAUGUUC